UGUUAUAUCUAAAUCUAAAUGUUAUAUCUAAAUCUAAAUGUUAAAUCUAAAUAUAAAUGUUAAAUUUAUAUCUAAAUGUUAAAUGUAUAUCUAAAUGUUGAAUUUAUAUCUAAAUGUUAUAUCUAAAUCUAAAUGUUAUAUCUAAAUCUAAAUGUUAAAUUUAUAUCUAAAUGUUAUAUCUAAAUGUGUCGCCAAGUGUAAAACUAAAUAUUUAGAAAAUAUUCAAAUUCCAAAGGAAACCACGCCCACUGCAGCGGCACAGAUCGCACGGCACCGCCCCCACCCAACACGAAGAUGCUGAGAAAGGUCAAGGAGAAGCCAACUGCCAAAAAAAAUCGAAAAAAGAAGAGGACUUUGAAAGGCAGGCAUGGCAGGCAUGGCAGGCAUGGCCUUAGGAGACAUUGAACGGGCGGUUACUGCGGGUGUGCUGGCUGCACUCAAUGGUGUUGCUCCCCCGGUCCAGACCACAACAUCAACGGUUUCAACACCAGCGGUGCCCAGUGCCACACGCACUUCAAACUUUGCCUCCACCUUCUCAUCACGGAGAUCAGCUCCUCUUCCAUCAUUCCCUCGACGUAAUGGGGCUCAAUCGGGAUACUUGAGACGAAGGCAUGUCAAAACAUACACAAAGGAUGUUGUAUGUUUACCUUUUUCACCAGGGUUAUCGGUCUUCGUUAUACCCAGAGGAGAAACUCGGACCAGGUUAGCUACGGCUGGCCUUGUUGGAAAAAUUUCAUUUUCCACAGAAUGGUCUGAAGACCAAGUGAGAGCUGAAAUAACAGCCAUCUUCAGUGGAGCAUUUGGGUUAUCAGAGCACCAGUCACUUCCAUUUCAGUUUUUGAGCACCAUCAAGGGGUGUAAAAAACUGAUGAAACCAAAGGUCACCUCCAAUUUCCCCUGGGGUGGUAAAGAAGUUGCCUCCGUGUGUUCCGGCACUUGUCUGUAUAUCAUGCCAGAAAUGGAAGUUCCUGCGCAGAGCUGGUGUGUGGCAAUGGAUGAUGACAGUGACUUUGAAAUCCCGGUUGUACAACGGAGAGUGAGUCAGAGAGAUGCACCGUCCAGAGCCCAGAGGGAACACUGUGAGAGGCAAGAGAGGGUGGAAGCCAGUGCUCCAUCCGAUGAUGGGAUGGAACUACAGGGACAGCGAGGGCCAAAUGAAGCUAUGAAUCACUUUGCAGAUUUCAUUCCUAUUGAUAUUGAGGAAGAUGAAGCCUUUGAGGAGGCAAUCAGAUGCAGUCUUUUAGAAGAGUCUGUGCAGUCCUUACAGGAUUCAAGGUUUGCAGAAAUUUUGAGCAAAGAAGAAGUUAUAGGAAUUGUGAAAGCUCACAGUGAGAGGGUUGUCACAGAAGCAUACAGACCGAUCUACAUCAGCAGAGGGAACGUGUGGACAACUGCUCUCCGACAGUUUAGAAGACGGAAAUUCACGGAGAGCACCGAUCUGCUGUAUGUCACCUUUGCCAGUGACGAAGGCACCAACGAAGAUGGAGAAGACCUCGGAGGGCCAAGGCGAGAAUUCUUCCGUCUGCUUGUGAAAGCCAUCUUCAAAGAGAGUGGAGCAUUUGAAGGUAAUCUUUGAUAUGAACUUCAUAUCAAAUGGAUUUCUGUGCUGUGGGGUUAAAAUUAUUUUCUUAAAUACUGGGUAAACUGCCCUCUAAAAGUUUGGGUAACAUACAUACAUAAUUAAGUAAUUUAUUAGCCGAUUAAACUCCACAAGGAUACAG